AUGGUGCAGCUGGAUACGCUGAUAAUUCCGCCUUCAGGACAUAAGAAGGUCGAAUACUACACAACUUUUAAGCCAAAACUUUUCGGUGAUGCGGCUUUAACUUUUGCACAUCAUUUCUUCAAUUUCUCCUCUAAAUGUGCUUACGCCAACCCACAGAAGCCGGAUCUGCGGUAAGUGCAACAGAAACUGUCACAGAGAUUAAUCAUUGUUUUAGAUUUGUAAGUAUAAACCGGCGAACAGCCAAAUGGCAGAGCGACGGAAUCUCGGGAAUGGAAGCUCAUGUAAUGAAAAACAACAUUAAAUUUGUUCAUAAUGGAAGUCUAAUCUUGUCAGUGGAUAUAAACAUGGCCAAGAAGUUGGACAUCUUACCUAUUCAGCCGCAUAAACUGGUCAUCAGAGAUCUAAACAGUGCGCAAGAUGUGGAUGAAAUAGCAUACCAUUUUGGAAGUAGGUCCAUUAUGCAUAAUUUAGCCUUCUUGAUCAAUACGAAUUAACAUAAAAAUUAAGGGUGUGUAUCCGAUCUCCACAUCUAUCCGAAUGUCUGUGAUGACCUUUCAAUUCGAAUGAUAAACCAAUUUCAUCGUCUCCUUGACCUCACAAUCCAACCCUCCUUGCUUUCCCAUCCUGAUCUCAACACUUUAACCCUCUCGUCGCUCCAUAUCGGUAGCCCCAACCAAUUGCAAGGCCUCUUCUCGGAUAGGCCGCAUAACAUUAAGUCCAUUCACGUUCACAAUCCCAUCACUCAAACAAUGAUGCAUAAUCUGGACACUGUAACAAUUACAAGUCCAUUGGUAUUGAAUGUCGAAGUUCACAAGGAUCUUUUGCUAACGAAUUCUGAUCUCGCAAUCUACAUUCGACACGCAUUCCCUACAGUACAAUUAUUAAAGGUCAAUGUGGUGGAAUAUCAAACAAAUUAUUUUGUUACGCAAAACGAGGAUACGGCAGAAAUUUUGGCAUCAACUCCUCUGAUUCAACAGCUUCGAGGACUAGGAGUUUAUGUCCAAACGACAUACAACAGAUAUCUUGACGUGAGUAUGAACCCUUUCACUGUUGUAUUUAUUAUUUUCAGUCCAAUCGGAGAAAUGUUUUCUGUUACAAAUCAGCGAUCCUGUCCAAUCUACUCUCAGAUAAGACCGUCCAAGUGAAACCAAUCGAAUUACAACCUGACUUCCAGCAUUACCGAAUCGAGAAAAACCAAAUCCAUCAUUCCGUUGUCUGUAAUCUCUACUUUCAAGGAGAAGCAUGCUGCGGACAACACUCCAAAUACCUUUUAUAA